AUGGUGGUGGUGGAGAUGUGCCCCAACCUCACAUCCCUCAACUUGAACAACUUCUCCAACAUCACCGAUGCGGCAGUGGUCGCCCUCCCCCUGGUCGCCCUCGCCGGUGGCUGCCCCAACCUCACAUCCCUCGACUUGUACAACUGCCCCAACAUCACCGAUGCGGCAGUGGUCGCCCUCGCCGGUGGCUGCCCCAACCUCACAUCCCUCAACUUGAACAACUGCUCCAACAUCACCGAUGCGGCAGUGGUCGCCCUCGCCGGUGGCUGCCCCAACCUCACAACCCUCUCCUUGUACAACUGCUCCAACAUCACUGAUGCGGCAGUGGUCGCCCUCGCCGGUGGCUGCCCCAACCUCACAAUCCUCCUCUUGGGCAACUGCUCCAACAUCACUGAUGCGGCAGUGGUCGCCCUCGCCGGUGGCUGCCCCAACCUCACAACCCUCUCCUUGUACAACUGCUCCAACAUCACUGAUGCGGCAGUGGUCGCCCUCGCCGGUGGCUGCCCCAACCUCACAACCCUCUCCUUGUACAACUGCUCCAACAUCACUGAUGCGGCAGUGGUCGCCCUCGCCGGUGGCUGCCCCAACCUCACAACCCUCAAGUUGUACAACUGCUCCGACAUCACCGAUGCGGCAGUGGUCGCCCUCGCCGGUGGCUGCCCCAACCUCACAUCCCUCGACUUGUGCAACUGCUCCAACAUCACCGAUGCGGCAGUGGUCGCCCUCACCGGUGGCUGCCCCAACCUCACAUCCCUCGACUUGUACAACUGCUCCAACAUCACUGAUGCGGCAGUGGUCGCCCUCGCCGGUGGCUGCCCCAACCUCACAACCCUCAACUUGUACAACUGCUCCAACAUCACUGAUGCGGCAGUGGUCGCCCUCGCCGGUGGCUGCCCCAACCUCACAAGCCUCAAGUUGUACAACUGCUCCAACAUCACUGAUGCGGCAGUAGUCGCCCUCGCUGGUGGCUGCCCCAACCUCACAAUCCUCCUCUUGGGCAACUGCUCCGACAUCACUGAUGCGGCAGUGGUCGCCCUCGCCGGUGGCUGCCCCAACCUCACAACCCUCUACUUGGACAACUGCUCCAACAUCACUGAUGCGGCAGUGGUCGCCCUCGCCGGUGGCUGCCCCAACCUCACAACCCUCUACUUGUACAACUGCUCCAACAUCACUGAUGCGGCAGUGGUCGCCCUCGCCGGUGGCUGCCCCAACCUCACAACCCUCUACUUGAGCUACUGCUCCAACAUCACCGAUGCGGCAGUAGUCGCCCUCGCCGGUGGCUGCCCCAACCUCGCAACCCUCAACUUGUACAACUGCUCCAACAUCACUGAUGCGGCAGUAGUCGCCCUCGCCGGUGGCUGCCCCAACCUCACAAGCCUCAAGUUGUACAACUGCUCCAACAUCACUGAUGCGGCAGUAGUCGCCCUCGCUGGUGGCUGCCCCAACCUCACAAUCCUCCUCUUGGGCAACUGCUCCAACAUCACUGAUGCGGCAGUGGUCGCCCUCGCCGGUGGCUGCCCCAACCUCACAACCCUCUCCUUGUACAACUGCUCCAACAUCACUGAUGCGGCAGUGGUCGCCCUCGCCGGUGGCUGCCCCAACCUCACAAGCCUCAACUUGAGCUACUGCUCCAACAUCACCGAUGCGGCAGUGGUCGCCCUCGCCGGUGGCUGCCCCAACCUCACAAGCCUCAAGUUGUACAACUGCUCCAACAUCACUGAUGCGGCAGUGGUCGCCCUCGCCGGUGGCUGCCCCAACCUCACAACCCUCAACUUGAGCAACUGCUCCGACAUCACUGAUGCGGCAGUGGUCGCCCUCGCCGGUGGCUGCCCAAACCUCACAUCCCUCGACUUGGAAAACUGCUCCAAGGUUACCCUCGACUUGCAUCGCGCACGCACUGCCAUCGCCCAACCAGACUUCCCUGCAUCGCAGCACGCCUGUGCUCUGCUUGGCUUUACUCAAGCCCAUGUGCCCCAUCCGGUGCAUCUCAUGGCCCGCUGUAACGCUCUCUCCGUGGACGCGCUCAACACGCUGCUUGCCAACGGCGCAGACCUCUACGAUCUCGAUGAUGACAACAAGCACGCGUACGUGCACUCGCCCGCAUCCCAUGCGCCAGUCUUUGUCGGCCUCAUGAUCGAGUCGCUGCGGGCCAACGCUGACGGCGCCACCAAGCUUGCCAAUGACAUCAACAAGGCCACCCUCGCCCUCUUUGUCGCCCUCCGCGCCUCACCGACCGUCCCGAUCUCAGCCGACAUCGUCUCCGAGCUCGUCACCGCUGGUGCAGACGUCAACGCUGUUGAACCCACGUUCAAUACGCCCGUCUUUCAUGUCGCCUUUACCCUGGCCAAACAUGGUGCCCUCAAGGCUCUCCUCGAGGCAGUUGCCGCCCUGGAUGUCGUCCUCGACCAGUCUGCCGUCGACGGAAACGGCGCCACUGUGCUCGACACCAUUAUCGCCGCGAACCAGCUGACAGCUGAGCGUAUGGUCGAGCUGGGCGGAGUUGGUAUCGAUCCCUUCACGCUGCAACCGGACACAACGCACGUGUACGUAGCUGCUCCCGUGGAGCGAUCUUCAGCGUUCUCAUCUGCGAUGGUCGCCUGGAUCCGCGAGCAUGGCGACGGCGCCACCAAGCUUGCCAAUGGUAUCAACAAGGCCACCCUCGCCCUCUUCAUUGUCCUUCAUGCCGCAGACACAAUCCCGUUCUCCAUCCCUGCCUUCGCCUUCCUCAUCAACUCCGGCGCCGACAUCAAUGCCCUCGAGCCGUCCCUUGGACUGCGCCCGCUCCACGUCGCCGUCUCUCCCUCCAACAUCCUCGCAACCAUGGCACUGCUCGCCGCGGGUGCCGAUGUGUGGGCUCUCGGGUCCAACGGCGAGACGGCCAUGUCAAUUGCCUCGGCUGUGCUCAACAAGUCCGACAGCGCCAAUAAUCUGGCUACAAAGGAAGUCUACAAUCUCAUCGUCACCGGGGCUGCUCCCGAGCCAGUAGCCUCUUACGUCCGUGAGACCAUCGCUGCCGGUGGCGACAUUGGCGGCGGUGCAGACGCCUCUGCUGGGACCUCCACUCGCGUGGACAAACUCGACGCCGAGCUCGCCGACACCAAGGCCGAGCUCGCCAACACCAAGGCCAAGCUCGCCGCCGCCGAGGUCGAGCUCGCCGACGUCAGGGAUCACGUCACCAUCGCCACGGGCAACAUCGCCGCCCUCCAGGCCGACCGCGCCAACAUCCUCCAGCACGUCGACAAGGCCAUCGCUAUCUUCCAAGCACGCCGCUAG